GAAUUGUACGAAUACGAAAAGCUGUAAUAGGUCUGCACAUGCGCAUGCGCAUUUACCUGUAUUUCCGGUUAAAAGUCAUCCUGUUCUGAAAAUGAGCAGUUCUGAAGAAGUCUCAUGGAUUUCCUGGUUUUGUGGUCUCCGUGGUAACGAGUUUUUCUGUGAGGUGGACGAGGACUACAUUCAAGACAAGUUCAACCUGACGGGUCUCAAUGAGCAGGUGCCACAUUACCGGCAAGCGCUUGAUAUGAUCCUGGAUCUAGAACCAGAUGAUGAGUUAGAAGACAACCCGAAUCAGAGUGACCUGAUAGAACAGGCUGCAGAGAUGCUGUAUGGACUGAUACAUGCCAGAUACAUCAUGACCAACAGGGGCAUAGCUCAGAUGAUCGAGAAGUGGCAGCAGGGAGACUUUGGAUACUGUCCCAGGGUGUACUGUGAAAACCAGCCUAUGUUGCCCAUAGGUCUGUCUGAUGUUCCGGGGGAAGCCAUGGUGAAACUUUAUUGUCCAAAAUGCCAGGAUGUGUACACACCAAAGUCCUCGCGUCAUCACCACACGGAUGGGGCCUAUUUUGGCACAGGUUUCCCGCAUAUGCUCUUUAUGGUGCAUCCAGAGUACAGGCCCAAGCGUCCAGCAAAUCAGUUUGUACCAAGGCUGUACGGGUUCAAGAUUCACCCUCUGGCGUACCAGCUCCAGUUCCAGGCGGCAGCAAACUUCAAGAUGCCAAUGCGCGGCAUUGGUCACAACAGCAGCAAGCGUUGACUACUUGCCAGGAAGGCUCGGUCCUAGGAGUCGCGUUUAAAACAUCAUGUCAUACAAAUGCACAAGGCUCCUUAUGAUUAAAGGAAGGUCUCAAAAUGAAGAAAUUGUUUAAGGCUACGACGAUCUUUUAAAUCUAAUCAAGGCUCGUAAGUAAUGAGAAAUUUAGUCUGUGACUGUCUUUUUUUUACGAAACUUAUUUUCUUUUAAAUGUUCACAAGACUUGUCAGAUACGAUUAAAGGAAUGUCUUAAGAUAGAGAAAUCUCUUAAGUCUGUGACUGUCUUUUUAACAAAUCUGAUUUUUUCUUUAUGUUUGCAACCAAUAAAUAGGGAUUUAAUGUGUCAGUUUUUACCCUUUUGAUAAUCUAAAAAAUUUGGACUAAAAAUAUCACAUAAUUUUUUAUUCUCAAUAGGAGCAAUGUGAUAAUCUGCACAGAGUAGUGCUGCCCAGUCAUUUGAACAGAUGUGUUGACGAAUGAGAACUAUUCUCAGCAAACUGUAUGUUAGAAAUAAUUCUCAAUUAGGUCAUACAAAUCAAUGAUCACAUGUUUUGAAGUAACACAAUAUGUUGUCAGAGACUGCGAGUUACUCGCAGGCGGUUCUGGUUUUUAUGCUGGUUGCAAAAGCCAGUUUCACUUUGCUUCUGAAGGGGAAAGGGUUAAAGUUAAUAAGAAACGAAUGCUAGGUCCUAACAUAAUGAAGCUUUGGGUGUGAAAGGACCUUAUAAACUUUGAAAUACACACACUUGCAUGCAAAUGUAAUAUUUAUUUUAUGUUACGCCUUUUUUAUCUAAACUAAUUUUACAAAGCUGAUAUAAUGAAAUGGGAAAACUUAACAUUAGGAACUCACAAAGGAAUUUCAGAUUUCCUGACUGGAAGUUAAAAUUGUGUAGUAAAAAAAAUGAAUAAUUUCAUGACAACUUAUGGCUGAUGAGGUUGUCACAGAAGUGUAAAACUCUACUCACCAGCUUAAAUUUGUGCCCUAAAUUUUAAUCUGGAUAAUAACAAAUUUCCAUAAUAAAAGUCAAAUCAUGCCAUCCCAUUUUAGAUAUUUCAGCCCAUUGAUUUUGCAACAGCUGCCUGUUUGGUAGCCACGUGAUAAGAUUGUAUAAAAUUUAUAAAAAUGUGUUUGACGUUAUAAAAGGUGAUGAUCAUACUGUUUUCAAAAGUAUAUAGUCCAAAUUUGUGCGUUUAACCUCAUGGUUACCAUAUAUUGUAGAUUUAUUGUAUCAUUAUUUAUUGUAUUACUGACUUUUAAACCUGAAUAGACAUAUGCAAAUUAUUUUCUUUAUAAGAGUGAAUCCCAAGUUGAGCAGUAAAAAUGUUUGAAUUUUUUUGUUAAAAAUACUUAACAUAUGCUAUCUUUCAUUGACAUUUGUGUCAGUCUAUUUAUGUUUGUAUUUCUGAUACAUGAACAAAUAAAACAAAAGAAUGCCA